AUCGUGCUAUCGAAUCAAUUUUUAUUUUUAUAUUAUCACUAAUCAGUAUACAGUAAUCACGAUUCACGGUGUGCUCAAAAUUCUAGUAUCAGUAAUAAUUCUAUGUAUUCACUAUUCUAAAAAUUAAGUAAAUUUCGAAAUUCGUAAAUUUUUGAAUUCUGAUUUCUGAUAUCUAAAUGCCAAAUCCAAUUUACUAAUUUCAUUUUCAUUAAUAUUUUAAUUCUAUCAUACAUUUUUACAUAUUCUAUUGAUGUAUGAAUUGUUCUUGCACUUUCGUUUUGAAUACUUAGUGACUUGUUAAAUACGUCUUGUUACAAUAUAUAUUAUUAAUUAAUACUAAGUAUUAAUAAGUCUUAUUAAUUUAAAAGUAAAAGUAUAAGCUCAGUCGAAAUGGCUUCAUAUAUGUUUCAAAAAACUAUAACAUCAAUUUGUACAUGUGGCUUACAGAAACUUUUACCUGACCUGUUUUUCUGUCGUCAUUGUCUAACACUUCGUUGUGAUUUCUGUGUAAGCCAUGAAAUUGAUACAACUUACUGUCCUCAUUGUUUUGAAAAUUUGUCUUCAACUGAAGCCAAACAUAAAAAAAACCGAUGUGCUUCUUGUCUAGAGUGCCCACGGUGUUUUAAUACUCUUUCAACACGUUCAUAUUCUCGAACACCGGAACCUAAAAAACCACCUCAAAAAAUGUAUUAUUUGCUCUGUUUAUUUUGUAAUUGGCGAUCUCAUGAGCCAAGUAUACCUGAUCAGCCAACAUCAUCAGGAAACUGGCCAGUUAACAAAAAUCCAGAUGAUGGUCGUAUUUUGGAUCUAAUUAAUUAUUAUAAAUCUGUUUCUUUAAAAGAAGUGUUUGAUAAGCAGAAAAGGAAUACUAAACAUUAUGGUCGUAAUUAUAUGCAUUUUUUGGAAAAAUUUGGUUUAAAUGCAAUGAUGGCCCGGAAACGUGCAGGACUACCAAAUUUUCAUUCAGAUGGUACUGGUUUUAGUACCUCAGAAAUAAGUCCAGCCGAAGCUAUUGAAAAUGUUCCUGAAUUACCUAUAAACACAUUUGAAAGUAUUGUAGAUUUGAAACAAAUUUCAACUUUAGAACAACGUUUUGCUACUCCUGAACUUCAAGCAGAAAAUACAGAUGAUCUUUUUCCAAUUCGUAAACAUCUUCGAGUAAAGCAUUCUUUACGUUGUCGCGUGUGUGAACAUAACGUUGUUAAACCAGAAUAUAAUGCUGUAAAGUUUAAAAUUAAACAUUUAGCUUAUUAUCAUGUUCCCGAGAUAAAAAUAAUCAAAUGUGAACCAUUACUAGCUGGUAAAUGGAGUUCCUUGGUACUUAAGUUAUGUAAUCCAGCACAAAUAUCUACAGCUGUGCGUUUUGAAAAAUUAGAUUUAAAUUCUAUUAACGUAAUACGAGAACCUAGGCGACUAGAAGGGGAAGAUUUAAUAGCUACUCCUAAGCAAUUGCCAGAACCAAUUCCUAUUGUAUUAGAAUUACAGGGUGAUAUUAUAGUUCCCGAAGGUGAAAUAAAAAUUGCAGCUAGAGAUGAUACAGCUGAAUAUGAUGAUACAAAUGAAGUAAAUACAGACAAUGAUGAUCCAAAAUAUGUAUAUUGGAGAAAAGGCAAUAAAGUUGCAUUAAAAUUUGAAGUAAAGCCUUAUGAAGAUUUAAAAAAAAAUGAAAAUUUACAAUUAGGAUUUGUUAUGCAUUUUAUGUAUAUGGAUACAAUGUUACAUGUAAUUAAUCAAAAACAACCUCAAACUGUAUUAGUGCCUAUAAAAAUUUUACUGAAUUUACCUAACUCUUUUUAAUUUUUAUUUAAUUUAAAAUACAUAAAACUAAUUACAUUUGAUACUAAAAAUAUACUAGGUAUUAUAUAGUUUUCUGAGGUAUAAUCAUAUAAUUAUAAAUAAUGAAUAUGGAAUCAAUAUUUUGCUAUUGUUCUGCUGCUAUUAAAAAAAAAAAAAUGUAUUAGCUAUUUUAAGUGGAUUAACCUUUUACAAUAUAAAAUUGGAUUAAAAAUUUAUACACAUAAUUAUUAGUUAACAUUGUUUAUUUUUAUUGUAUGUUUACCUAUAUAUACCUUUAUUUACAUUUAAAAAUUAAUCAUAAAUUACUUACAUAAUAUAUUAAAUCAUAAAUAUAAUUUAAUAAUUUAUUAUAAAUAGUCAUAUUUUAUAUAUUCACACAUUAAAUAUUAGACUGUUGUCCAAACUCUUUGAUUUGGUAAAUAGGUAUAAAUGAACUAUAAAGUAUAUUUUACAUUGGUUCUUACAUCUACAUCAAUUACAAAAAUUUGUAUGUACUAUUUUUUAAAGGUUAAUUAUAACUACAUAACUUAUUACAUUUUAUUAAUUUUUAUACAUUUUUGUAUUAAUUGUAUUAUACCCAAUAUUCAAUCAUUCAAUGUGUAUGUUUAAAUUGUUUAAUUAAAAUUAAUUAAUUAAAUAAUAUUGAAUUUAUGUAAUUUUUUUUAAAUUUUAUUCUCUGGUUAAAAGUAUAUUGCUAUGAUUAAGCUAGGUAUAUUAAUAAAAUAAGUAUUAUAUUUAUUCAUAAAUAAAUCACAAUAAGUAGUUGAUUGUAUUUAGAUGAAAUAAUACUAUAAAAUGUAAUGAGUUCAAAUAUUUUUGAAAAGUAAUACUAUUAUUUUUAACAUAGUACAUUAUUGAAUCUAUUUUUGUAUUAUCUAAGUAUAGAAUUAUAUAAUAUAUAAUAAUAUUUAAGUUGUGAAACAGUUGUAUUUUAAUCUUUAACAAGUAUGUCAAGCAUGUUGUAUUUUACUAUAAUUUUAUUAUGUUACUAUAGUUUACUACAUGAGUAGGUGGUAGGUCCUAGAUACGUUAUGAGUUAUGUAUAAGUUUGAUAGUUGAUAUACAUACAUAUAUUUCGGAAAUUAUACAUACAACAUACUUACACAAUUCUGCAAACCAUUUAAUGUAAUACAUUCUUUAUUUUAGAUACUAUAACAUUUAUAAAAAUAUUUUUUAUUGCAUAAUAUUAAGUCACAAUUAAAAAACAAUAUAUUUUUUAUUGUCAUAA